AUGACACUCGCUCUUUUUCCUUUCUUGUCCUUCUUGACGGCAACGGUGGUUUUUGCUACGAAUCCGUCUGUCACUGUCGUUCAGUCUCUGGACAAACAGUUGGUACAAGUCGCCCGGGUCGGCCAACCUUAUUCUUGGACUUUUUCGGAGUAUACAUUCAACUCUUCUGAUGGGCCAUUAACCUUCACGACAUCCCUGUUGCCUAGUUGGUUGGGUUUCGAUAACUUGACGCGCACUUUUGAGGGAACUCCGUCAGCGAGCGACGAAGGUUAUCCUGACAUCACUGUCACUGCUCAUGCUUCAACUUCCUCAACGUCUUCUAGAUUCACAAUUUGUGUGACUCACUAUGCACCUCCGGUCUUGAAUCUACCCUUGUCGGAGCAGUUUGUACCCACUUCUCCCUCACUUUCUUCCGUCUUCUUUCUACGGUCCAACUCUGCUCUGAUUACAGAAAACCCUGCUCUGCGAGUACCGCGGAAGUGGUCUUUCAGUAUUGGCCUCCAAAGCAACACUUUUCAGUCAGAUCGGAAUAUUUUUUAUGAAUUACGAUUGGCGAAUGAUUCUAGCAUUCCUAUGUUCCUAAACUUCAACUCCAGGACUGUUACAUUGGACGGCGUAACACCAUCUGCUGAGAUAAUAACUGAACCUGUUCUGCUGCCUUUGGCUCUUCAUGCUUCUGACCAAGAAGGCUAUACCGCAAUCGCUGUUCCGUUCGACCUGAUAAUAGCGGAUCAUGAACUAUCUAGGACAACGGAUUCCCUCCCAACUAUAAAUGUAACGACAGAAACUUCGUUUGUCAUAAGCCUGUUGUCUGCUGUCGAUUUCAUGGGCAUCCUGGUGGAUGGUGAUCCCAUCCAACCAUCUAAUAUAUCCAGAUUGGAUAUUGAUGUUUCAAACCAUAGCAGCUGGCUUCGAUACGAUGUUCCAAGUCGGACCUUGUCUGGAAAACCUCCAACCAACAUUACUGGGUCGCCAACUUUGCCUGUCAUUCUCGAAACGCCAUUCAAUCAGUCAAUAAAAACUCAGGUUUCUCUUGCCUUAGUUGAAUCCUACUUUGUAAUGUCAGAUUUGCCGUCUUUGCAUGUUUCUAGAGGCGAUCAAAUCAUCUUCGAUCUCGCCCAGUGGUUUUCUCCUUCUCGGGCAAAUCCUGGCUAUGACCACACGAAUCUCUCCGCUUCUUUUGAACCAACUGCAAGCGCAAACUGGCUUCGCUUCGAUGAAUUGACGAACAAUCUGACUGGCACUGUUCCGGAAACCUAUGAAUCCACCUCGGACCAUAUUACCAUCACUUUUACUGCAUAUUCUCAUGAGACUCGCUCGACGUCGCACGCGAUUCUUACAGUGUAUGUUACUAACACAAGCAACACUAAAUCGCUGGCGCCUUCUCAUCCCAAUGGGCUUUCUACUGAAGCACACAGGCGACUGAUCUUGGCGAUCGCCAUCACGUUUGGGACCCUAGGUGGCAUGUGUACACUUGCUGGAAUCUUUGCAAUACUGAGACGAUGUGCAAGGGUAGAGGACACCGCGUUUCUCGACGAAGAAGGGAGACAUGCAUGGAGUGAAAAGGACAGAAGGUGGUAUGGCCUAACGCUCAGUCCAAACGGAACAAGGAUUGUAGAGAAAUCGGACCCGAUACAUUCUUCACCUAUGACAAGAUCGCCUGGGAGGAGGAGCAACAGAGCAUACAGUCCCUUGGGAUUGGACCUUCGGCGGGUGUCUGAACGUAGUCAACGACAUUCAUCAUCUAACGAAGAACUUCUAAGUCCUGCAGUUAUGAGUAAGAAAGAAUUUUUGUCGAGAAUCAAGGAGACUGUACGCAAGGUCAGCAAUAAGUACGCGAGGAAAGAUAUACCACCCACCAUUCGACCAGUCAUUGGAAAGCCAAUUCUUGUAGCGUCGUCUAGGCUAAAUGAUCAGGACCACAUAGAUUCUCCUUCAAACCCCUUCGACGAUAUUGAACCCCUCAGCCGCCCAGGAAGCGCGUUCAUUUCCGGAUCACCCUCAGCUUCCACAGCGGAACAUUCUAUUCCUAGGCGACGAGCGGACUUUGCGACUCCCAGGAACCCUGCUCAAGUACAUUUUAACGAUGGUUUGCUUGUUAGACAGGUUUCUACUGGGUCUAUGGGGGCGAAUAGCUUCGUUAGUGGAAGAAGCGGUUUGUCGGCUAACUCAUAUGCAGAGGUGUCCAUGGGCCCUCCUACACGGCCUCGACUAGUUCCAUUCACGAACUCCACGCGAGUCCCAGUCCCACACGUCGUGAUGCCUACUGGUCAGGGCGCCGGUUUCGCUUCAAACAGGAUUACAAGUCAAAGGGCCAACGUGAUUGUCGAAGGUGUCAAGCCCAGCGGCUCGAGCGAUGGCCUUUCAAUGGGAAUUCAUUACGUCCGCUCUUUGGGUGCAGAUCAGUUGGCAGUCAAUUCGAGUCACAUAUCUGGAUCAUCCCCAGUCUUAUCUAAUGUGAGGUCGUCUUUCGCUUCCUUGGAGUCCUCGCACGUUGGCCAUAAGUCUGCAGUUGACAUGCAGGAGAUGCGAGUUCUGGUCAGAGUAGGAGAGAGAUUCAAAUUUCGGGUCGCUAUCCCUGGUAAACACACAAGUGGUUUCUAUGUCAAGCUUACGUCUGGACAACCACUGCCAAAAUUCAUCCAUGCGGAUCUCAACGGAAUCAGCAAUAAAGGCGCGCUAGAGUUCACCGGAGUGGCAACAUUUCAUGAAAUCGGGGAAAGGGUUGUGGGUAUUUACGCCGAGAAGGACGGUGUUUGUGUAGCCAGCGUAGUGAUCGAGGUGGUGGGGAAGCGUUAA